AUGGGUAAUCGGGGCGCCUCUGCUGCCAUUCCAAAAUUUGUGCAUUAGGGUACAGCUAGUGGCGGGCUCAAACGUCUCGUUUUUUUCCAGAUAUGCGGUAUCAUUUUUCUCGAAACACCGAAGUGACGAAAGUUUUAUUAGUUUCCGUUCUUUUUUUUUUGGCAUUGAGCGCGCAUGCGCGGGGAUUCAACAACGUGCAGUCGACAAUACACGCCAGUUACAGGACAUCGAGACAUCAGCCAUGGCUGAAGAAAGCAGCAACGAAUGCAUGCCUCUUGACUUAAGCAUGAAGGCCAAAGCAACACCAAGUACUGCCCAUGACGGUACCCAGGGCGCUUCAUCUACAUUGGGCGCCUACAGAACGAUUUCUGACGAUGCCUUGCGCUAUCCGAGGAACACGCAGCACACGCCCACGACCAAAGAGAUUUGCAACGUCGACGGUGUCACUGACAAUGGCGGCACACGUUACCAGCAACUGGACUCCAUCAGGAGCAUCAAUAACGUGAGGCCCAGCACAGGUCACGCUGGCAUGGAGGAAGAAUCAGCCAAGUCUGAAGACGGCGCCACGAAUGCCGCUGAAACCGGAGGAAGAGGACAGCAAGGGUCCUGCGGUGCCAGUAGAAAGGUUUCCAGCAGACGGGAUGCCUCACACGGGCAACCCAACGAACGUACGGGAGGCACAGCGCCCAUGUUCAGAGCAGGCGAUCGAUCACCUGUCAACAAGUCGAAAUAUGUCAUAAAUCGUUCGCGCGCGGGUACAGUGUCCAUAGGCAUCAACUAAUUCACACAGGAUUGAAACCCCAUAUCUGCCAAAAUUGUACUAAACCAUUCAGAAGCAAAGCGGACCUUAAAGUUCAUCUUAUGUCGCACAGCAAUGACAUACCUUUUAUUUGCGACAUAUGUAAUCAGUCAUUUAAGUAUAACUCAUCUUUGAGCAGACACCGCAAAAUAAUUCAC